UGAUGCCAUCGAGGAUUCUCCAGCUCUAGUUUUUAUCGCCUAAUUGUUCUGUUAUUUUGUAAAGUUUUUUUAAUAUUUGUGACAAAUUUAUUCCGUUUAAGUUGAAUGCUUUCUUGAGAAAUGCAUUUCAUCACGUGGGUGUGGCGCCCGGAUUCAAAUCUCUCGACUCACUAAAAUGUAUGGAUAUUGGAAUAUGCAAUCAAAAAAAGUACAAGGACUGGUCUAGAUUUGGUGCGAACGACCCUCGGAGACCGCUAAUAUAUUUUCUAGGAUUCAAUAUUCCGAACAGCUUCUACCAUGGACGGGUUGGAACAGCAACUGAGGGAGCUGACCAUACUAAAUAGUAGGCCACUACCACCUCGAAUGUCCGCUGAUGAAUAUGUUCGGCAUGGAAAUGUGGCUGAACUGAUUGAAAACUUACAGCAUAGGUCGUCGCCGUCUGCUGUACUGAAUACAUAUGCAUCCGGCACUAGAAAGACAGCUCCUUGCAUUCCACCUAAACCACAAAAAAAACAAAAUGAAAUGCCCCAGGUUCCACUCAGUAAGCGAGUUACCUGUUCCCGAGAGCCGCUUUACUCGCAGCCUUUACAUGGGUUAGACAAAGUCACAACGAUGUCUGGGUCAGCUGCUGAAGACAGCCAAUGCGGUCCUAUACUUAUGCGAAAACAGCCUAUUUAUGCGAUUCAAAAUUCCGAGAAACCUAACAGUAGUAAAUCAACGCUGGAUAACCCUGCAGUUUUAGAACAACAAUUGGAAGCUCUAGCUUAUCAUAAACUUCAAAUGGAAAAGAGGGGUCUCUUGGGGACCGGACAUAUGAAAUCCGUAGCUAGCAUUCCAAAGUUGUCGUCAAAUUCGUUAAGUAACAGUUCGUCGGAUGUCAUUUAUAGCAAUCUGCGAUCUUCAACCGAAACUUGCACAAGUAGAUCUGGGGAUUUUAAGGGUCUUUAUGGUAACAUGUCUUCUCAGACUGAAACCGCUGACUCGAAUGUCCACUUAGCCGAUUCUAAUACCAAUACAAUAAGAAGGGGAGCUGGGUCUGAAUCUGGAUCUCGAAUGCUCUCCAUUUGCACCAAUUCAAUGUCUGAUAAGGAAAUCGAAGAAGAGCUGCCGGCGCCUCCUAGCCCUGUGAGCGCCGUUAGUUCAUCGUACAGUGAACUUCGUCGAGCCACCGAUGUGUUCAGCAAUAGUAAAUCUAUAGAUCUAAUAGAGAAUCCUACCAACUUACUGCCGUCGGGGGUUCAACAGUUACCACCAGAAUUCACUAUUAAAAAUUAUCCCGAGCAGCACUAUGCAGGAUACAAUUCAGUGAACAAGAAUCAUUCGGAUAAAGCCAAUGGAGACUAUUAUGGGUAUGGUGUAUUAUCUCAGAGCUCUUCAACCUAUGAUUCAAUAUACGAGCCAAUAAAUCCUCGACCACCUGGCGAAAUGAUUUCUCGCAGUUGCUACAAUAUGUACGUAAAUGAUCCCAAUAUUUUAGGCAAUAAUUUAGACAACAACGGCGGUGGUGUGGGAGUAGCAAAUAUGCCCAUGUACGUUAGUGGCGAUGCCCAUGCUCUCGCAGAGGGCAAUGAAAAACAUAUUGGUUAUCCUCAAAAAGGAAAUAACAUCGAUGGCAAUGUGUCCCAAUAUGUGUCAUCCUCUGCCUCCGUUGAUACUGCAAACGAAUUCGAGAAUUAUGGUCGAUGCGUAAAAUGCAACGAGCGUGUGUUGGGUGAAAACAGCGGAUGCACUGCAAUGGAUCAAAUUUAUCACAUAUCUUGCUUCACGUGCAACGACUGCCAAAUCAACUUGCAGGGAAAACCGUUCUAUGCAUUGGAGGGAAAGCCAUACUGCGAGUACGACUAUUUGCAAACGCUCGAAAAAUGCUCCGUCUGCAUGAAGCCCAUUUUGGAAAGAAUCCUAAGGGCUACUGGAAAGCCAUAUCAUCCCCAAUGCUUUACAUGCGUUGUAUGUGGUAAAAGUUUGGAUGGCCUCCUCUUCACUGUCGAUGCCACCAAUCAGAACUACUGCAUUACCGAUUUCCACAAAAAAUUUGCUCCGAGAUGUUGUGUUUGCAGAGACCCCAUUAUGCCGGAGCCGGGACAAGAAGAAACGGUGCGGGUAGUUGCCCUUGAUCGGAGUUUUCAUUUGGGAUGCUAUAAAUGCGAGGACUGUGGUCUUCUAUUGUCAUCGGAAGCGGAUGGUCGUGGAUGCUAUCCCUUAGAUGACCAUGUUCUCUGCAAAAGUUGCAAUGCCCAACGUGUUCAAGCUCUAACAAAUCGAAUGACAUCGGAAAACUAAAGAAUAGUCAGUUCAUUUAUAAAUUCCAUACUCGUAGCUUUACCUAUUUAAAAGCCAUUAUAAUAGACGCAUUUAAAAAAUUUAAAAAUACAUACAUAUAUGCAUGUCGUUAAUAUA